GACACGCAUAUGUUUUAUACGAGUCUGUAGAAGAAUAUCAUUCAUACGUUAAACGGGGAGUUAUUCGUAAGUGAUACUUCAAAAUAUUUACUUAACUUUUCGUUAACAGUGGAUUAAAACAAUAGUUAAAGCAUGAAGAAAAAAAGCUGAUUGUUGGUUUUAUAUCAAACAGAUGAGUUUUCAAUAUAUCGUGUUUUUGUUAAAUAAAGAUGGAAAAGAAAGGCAGAAAAGUAAAAAAGGAAAUAUUUUCUCCAAAAUGUGACAAACAUCCAAAGUAUACUCUAGACUUAUUUUGUGUGGAUUGUAACAAACUUUUCUGUGUAAUUUGCCAAGCUACAGAGCAUAAAAGUGGCGAUCAUGCGAAGAUACAAACAAUCGAAGAAGCUUCUACUGACUGCGCUGAAACUAAGGAGUUUUUAGAAUAUGAAGACAAACUUAAUACAGUUUACACACGUGGAAAUGAAACAUUGGCAGAGAUUAACGAACUAAAUUUAAUGACGGAUCAAUUGAAAAAAGAAGCAGAAUCUUUGAUUAAGAAGCAUAAACAGGACUUUAUUGACCUGAUUGAAAAACAUCACAAGAAUUUAUAUGAGAGUAAUAAAUUACAGUACGAACAAUCAAAGAAAAGAUUACAUGGUGUGAAUAAGCAAUUGUGUAAGAAUAAGAAUAAAACUGCAGGAAUUCGCCAGGUAAUCAAUGCAAAAAAAGAGAGUGGACAAAGCGUGGCAUUGUUUAUAGCUAUGAAAAAAUCACAAGAUAAUUUACGGCAAAUUGAAAUUGAGCUAGAAGAAAUUGAAAAAUCUAAUUUUUUUGAAAGGUACAAGUGUCAAGCAGGGCAAAUGGUUGGGCAACUUUUGGAGGAAGAGAAAAAAAUUGAUGAUUUCUUUGUAAUGGUGACAAAGUCUCCUAAAGUAUCGUCACGUGAAUUAAAACCUCGUGCUGUUUUUGAGUUACCUCGUCAGAGCAUUGAUACAAGACAAGCAGAAGUGGCAGAUGAAGAUGAACAGGAUGAUUACCUAUUGCCACGUGAAUUCAAACCUCGUGGUGUUUUUGAGUUACCUCGUCAGAGCAAUGAUAUAAGACAAGCAGAAGUUGUAGAUGAAGAUGAACAGGAUGAUUACCUAUGGCCACGUGAAUUAAAACCUCGUGGUGUUUUUGAGUUACCUCGUCAGAGCAUUGAUACAAGACAAGCAGAAGUUGUAGAUGAAGAUGAACAGGAUGAUUACGAACCUGUGGGACAAUAUGCCGGAAACGGAUCACAAAAUGAUCAGAUGACUCCACAAGAACAUUCUUCGUGCAGAGAUUCUACUCAGUCUUUGAAUUGUUUAUUCACUGAAGAAACAAACAAACUAAAACGUUUUAGCGGCGACAUCUUCAAAUACCCAAGCACAGGUAUGUUUUGAUAAUUAAAAUUCACUUCAGCACAGAUAUGCUCAGAUUUAAAAAAUCUAUUUUCUGUCGUCCAAAGUGUUAUUCGUCACACGUUUAACAUCGUUAUCUAAAAUACUUUUCCCAAACCAGUAGAUGUUUUUCUAUCCUUACUGAUUAUAAAUGACAGUUAGA